CCGGAGCGCCACAAUGAGACAACAAGUCAUUAAUAGCAGCGAAAUAGAUCGGAUUCCCGUCUGUGGGCAGAAUUGGAUCAUUUUAGCCGUAGGAUGACGGUGAUGUGAAUGUUUACAACAACAAUAUGUUCAGUUCGGCCUCUUAACGAGUUCACAGAAAGCGACCGAAGAAGAAGAAAUGGAUUCAGAUCACAGGCUGCUGGAUCUGAACCGAAGACACGGAGCAGAUCGUCUACGGCAGAAUUUCACAGACCAUCAGGAUGGGAACUCUAAUAUGAACCAGGAGAAACAAGAACUAGUUCAGAUUAAAGAAGAAUGGGAUGAAUUGAAACCGCUGCAGAUAACAGACAGCAAGAAGAAGCAGGAACUUCUGACUGUAACUGAGAACCAGGCGGCACUACAACAUCAGAGGAUAAAGGAAGAACAGGUGGAACUACAAGUUCUGCAGGUCAAAGAGGAACACAAUGUGGAACAAGAGGUUACGCACAGAUCGCAGAACCAUGUGGAGCAAGAGGAUCAACACAUAAAACCAGAACCAGAGGAACUGGAAAUCUUGCAGGUGAAAGUGGAAGAGAUGGAAAUGCGUAUUAGUCAGGAUGAGGAGAAGGUUUCACUGAAGCAGGAGGCUAGUUCCUUUGAGGAUAGAGACUGUGUUGAGCCAGAACCAAUCAUAAAUGGACCCGACUCCCAGGACUCUCCAGAAGCUGAGACCCAGAAUCAGGAAGGGAGCAAUCCUGAAGACUCCGAAUCAAGCCGGGAUGAGAACCUGUAUUCCUGUGACGUUUGUGAUAAAUAUUUUACACUCAGUAGUUACUUAAACGAUCACAUGAGAACUCACACAGGUGAGAAGUCUUUCAUGUGUCUGACCUGUGGAAAAACAUUCACUCAGAGAUGUAACCUGACCCGUCACAUGAGAGCUCACACGGGCGAGCGACCUUAUCCGUGUGAAGUGUGCGGUAAAGGUUUCAACGACAGCGGGGAUUUAACUCGUCACAUGAGAACACACACUGGUGAGAAACCUUUCUCGUGUCUGACCUGUGGGAAGGGUUUUACCAGGCAGAUCAGCCUGACCGCUCACUUGAGAAUACACACGGGUGAGAAGCCUUACCCAUGUCUGUCAUGUGGGAAAAGUUUCACUCAAAGCAGCGCCUUAACUGUCCACACGAGAACCCACACGGGUGAAAAGCCGUAUCCCUGCAGGGUGUGUGGGAAACGUUUCUCCCGGAGCUGCCACCUAAACGUCCACAUGAUCACUCACACAGGUGAGACAUUCCCGUGUCUCACCUGUGGGAAACAUUUCACCCACAACAGUGCCUUAAACGUCCACAUGAGGAUUCACACAGGCGAGAAGCCUUAUCCAUGUGGGCUAUGCGGUAAAUCCUUCUCUCGGAGUAGCCUACUGACUGUUCACAUGAGAACGCAUUCGGGAGAGAAGCCCUAUCCAUGCGAAGUGUGUGGGAAGUACUUCUCACGGCGCAGCCACCUGACGGAUCACAUGAGAACCCACACGGGGGAGAAGCCUUUCUCUUGUCAGACCUGUGGAAAGUGUUUCAGUGGCAGGCAUAGUUUGAAGUUUCACAUGGGGACUCACACACGAGAAAAUGUUUAAUCUGAGAAAUCACAUAGUCUGUAGUUCAUUAAGAUGCACUUAUUGGGCACUUGUGUAAAUAAUUGAUCUUGGAAGUUAAAAAAAGAGUACAACUUUCAGUUAAUUCAAAAGUAAAUAAUAUAACAAAACUUAUAUUUAUAACCUGUAAUUUUACCUUUUAAACAUUUAAAGAAAAUUAUAUGUAUAUUUAUAGCAAAUAUACCCACUAUAUAUUUUACUUUCUACUAAGGUUUUAUUUUUUUAAGUGUGAUUAUUAAUGUUGGAUUGUGUGUUAUUUGUAGAAUGGAGGUGAUUGACACUGCUAACUAAAAAGUUAGUUCUGCUAACACUAAAGCACUAAUCAUAAACAUUUCUGCUAACACUAAAGCACUAGACCAACAUGGUAGUUAGUUGAAGCUAAUGUUAAAACACUAAAUUCAAUCGUGUUGAUACCCACCAUGUGUUAAUGUCAUGACAUGGAGUAUGUCGCCCUAUACAAGGUGAAAUCUGUGGCUGCACGCCUUCAGGAGGAGAUUCUUUAGAAUAGACAUUCCCCCUCAUAGUUUCAGUUUUAUAGUUGUUGAGUAUUGCUAACGCUAACGCUGUUGCUCAUUUUGCCUAAUUGACCAGUCAGAAAGCACACAGCACAUCAAGAAGAUUUUAAACUGUUUACUGUGGAACACUAAUGCAUUGUGGGUACAGAAAAACAUAAUUUGCUGCUGCUGCAUCACAGAUGGAGAACAGGAUGAGAACCAAUAAAAAGGCUCUAAACAAUUAAUAUAUGUGAAUGUUUGCAUGUAUGGGUUUAACACUUCUGGUUGUUCAUGUCUUGUAUUUGUCCGUAAACCUCAUUUAUUGCCACCUAAACGUCCACAUGCUAAACGUGCUAGAAAUUAGUUCUGCUAGUAGUAAACUGGAAGACUUUCUAAACUCCUAUUUAUGUUGGUUAAAUACUCUUACUAAAGGAAACUUUUUUUUAUCUUGGUCCCAGAUUAAAAUUUUGUUAGAAUCUUAGAAUAGAAAUAUUCUUUACUGUCCCACAACGGGGACAUUUCUGUGCAACGUCUACAAAUUCACAGGCUCACAGAACAAUUGAACAUAAAAACAUAUACAAAACAUAAUAAAGAAUGAAAAAUACUUUACAAUAAGGGCACAAUUUUGACAUAAGUACCACGCAGUUAGAAAAAAUACUCCAGUCCAGAGGACUUUCAUAAGAGUAAACAUUAAAGUCUAACAAAAAGAAAAAACAGAAAAAAUCUGUGCUGCUUUUUCACAUCACUGUAAGAAUUGGCUUCUUAUUUUCCAUCUGCACAGCAGUUAUGUUAAAGUUGUCUGAAUGAAAGUGUAUGAAUCAUACUUCAUUAACUUAGAUGUAGUCAAUGUUGGCCAUUUUUUUCUUAUAAAAGGAACUAAACCUUUUUCUUUCCUUUUACAAAAUCUAGGCCUCAUUGGACAUGGAUUAAAAAAAAUUAUAGAUCUGAUUUUGCAAACAGUCUUUAAUAGUUUGAUCAAAAUAACAAUGGUCCAGUUGUGAACAUAAUUAUUUUUAAACUAUUAAUCCGAGCGAAUAAUCCAUCCAUCGCUCCCUUCAACCGCCUCCUUUAUUAAAUGUUUAAACCCAAACCAUGCUAGAAGACCAUUACUAGAGAAACACUCCAUUUCUGCAGGGAAGUCAUGCCAGACUGAAGAACGCCAACAACAGCCUGGAGAAAUACUCUGCUGACUGGAAGUGCGCCCUUUGGUCGGGUGAGAUAAAAUUAAAUCUCACCGGCCAUAAAUGCAUUGCUUGUGUCUGGAGAAACAAGGGAGAGAAACAGCUACACACUACAAGAUUUGCAAUGGAGGAUUCCUCGUCGUCUAUAAUAAGAGAUCAUUAGGAGAAAGACGCGAUACAAACAUAGCUGAAGAACAACUCCUCAAUGAAUCCAAUCUGCCUCCAUUUAUGUGUACUUAUUAAAUUUAAGAUGGUACAAAGGCUCCAUACUGUCAAAACUCUUUCCCCAUGUGAACACCAUUUGUGACGGGAGUAAACUUUACACUCUGCCACUUUUUCGUCGUGUCCUGUUCUAACAGAAUUCUGGUCGUAACUUUUGAAGCUUAUUUAGGAGGUUUUAGAGUCACCAUUCACCCAUUUCUCUCUUUGGUGCAUCAAAAAACAAUGUUUCUCUCACAAAGCCGCCAUUGAACUGUAUGUCCUGCUCCUCCCUUCUAGCACAUCGGCUCAUUCUCUCGAACUAGAAAAGUGACCACUCCACAGAUGGAUCUGUCAUGUUAGAAGUUUUUUUUUUAAUUAAAGAGUUAGAUUGACUUAACAUGGCGCCCUCUGCAUAAGGUGUUAUUUGUUCUUUGGAUAGUCACUGUAUAACCCCAUGGGGGCUUUUUGAUGUUUUUCCCCCAUGUCCUGUUUUGAGUGUUUAUUCUCUGUGUAAAGUUUAAUAAAUCUACAUUGACAAAAGAAAAAGCAUGGUGGCGGCUUCAAUGCUUGGAUUAUUAUUCUCUCUGCAUUUGGAUGCUUUGCCCACUGUAAAACAUUUGAGUUGCAUUUAGUUGUGUCUACUAUCUAA